AUGGCUAUUGGACAAAUUAAAGCAUUCAUGGCUAUAUUGCAAACAAAAAUCGACCAUCACAGCCAGCUUAUGAAAAGCCAUAAAGAAAGGGCUUUAAAAUAUUGGAAAGAUAACAUGAAGGACUCGGCUAGAGCGUCGUUAUCAACUAGUAAGCGACAUCAACAAAAUGUCCACAAGUGUGAACUGAAUUAUCAAAAUUUAUCCAUGCAUUUACAACUUAUUGAUGAUGCCAUUUCAAAUGGCCAGAUAUUGAAAGUAUACGAAAUUACUACAAAAGCUCUAAAUCGCAUAACAACAAAAAAUGAAGAUUUGUCUAGCGAAAACAUUGCAAAAAUUCUAACCGAUUUCGAUAUUGCAAUGGAUGAUAUCCAAGAGAUGAACGAUAGUAUUACUGGAGAUCAUUCACUAAAUCAAUCAGAAAUGGACGAAUUAAAUAAAGAACUGCAAAAUUUUGAACUGGAAGAUACAGAUAAAAUAGAAAAGGUCUGUGAAAAACCUAUCGACGAUGGCUUGCAGGAUUCUACGCCUACUGUGCCAUCGCCUAUACAGACUACCGCAACUCCAUCUAUAAAACCAAGGAAGAUUACGGCAAAAGUAGCCCGUGCUAGUCUUGUCGAAAGUUAA